CUUUAUGGGAAUCAUUCCUGUAUAGUAGUUAAUAGGUUAUGUAGUUUCAGAAAAUUUAAAUUAAACAAAUAUUUUCUUUUUGCACAAAUUACCGAACAAUAAUAAGGCACAAAUUUUACUUUUCGAAAUGAAAUUCAAUAUGUUUCGGAGCAUAUUAUUUGGUGGUAAAACCAUAAGUGUUAUUUAAAGUGGAACUGUUUUGAUUUUUUAAAUGUUUAUGGUGAUUGUUAUUGUUUUCUCUAUAAGGUGAUUGAAAAUUUAAUUUUACAAUGAAUGAUUCGGAGAAACCUUUUGCGUGUCCUUCGCCGGGAUGUAAUAUGAGUUUUACCAAUGAAGAUCAUUUAACAGUUCAUAAGAAGAAACAUGACAUGAUUCUGAAUUUUGGAAUGAAUGGCAAAUGCAAUGGUUUUAUAGUUGAUCAAACGCCAACACCUACGAGAUUUAUCAGAAAUUGUGAGGAAGUGGGUUUAUUUCAAGAUUUACAGAAUGUAAAUCCUUUUGAAGAAACAUUCCGCAGAGCUGUCGAGGGGAAAACUGGAUCGAUUUCAGUAUCAGAAGUGACAAUUACAGAUGACUCUCUAAAUACUCCUCACAUAUUUCCGCAUAAUGUCGAUUGUCCGACUACUGUAACCAUUACUGAAACUUCAAAUGAAAAAAGUUCAGAGACUAAAAUUUGCAGUAGUACUGAAGUGAAUCAGAAAAAUUCACAAGAUGAGGAGAUAGUACAGAAAUUGAAAAUUACAACUACUUGUAAGAAUAGUAUUCAAACAACAGAGAGAAUUGUUGUUCAGGAGGCAGAUGCGUUGUAUGUGCCAAAAAUUCCUAUUGCACCGGCACCCACGCCAUUAUCCAUCGAUGAAAUUCAGUUGCUGUUAAAAACAUCUGAUGGUAAAUUAUUACAAUUAUCUGCAGUUCCUGCACCGGAUUGUCAAAAUAGUGUAAAUAAAAAUCAUAAUCUAAGUACUGAUCUCAUUCUAAAAGGAACCAAUCAAGUUUCACAAAGUCAUCAAAUGCCCAAAUUGUCGGCUGCAAAAAUGAAAUUGAAGCAAGCUUUAAAUAAAAGUUCAAAUGAAGUUGUAAACGAGAGAAAUGAUAAAGAAUCGGAGAAGGGAAAGAAAAAUUCAUCCAAGGAGAAUAGAAGGAAGGAUAUUGACGAUAAGAAGCAAGAUUUUCUGGAAAGAAAUCGCGCGAGUUCAAUGCGGUCACGAGCCAAGAGAAAAGCGUGGAUUCAACAAUUAGAAGAUACGGUAAAAAGUGUUAACGAGAAGAAUACUUCAUUACAAGCGGAAGUGAGCGCUUUACGGAGUGAGGUCGCUAAGUUGAAGACUCUCCUCUUGGCUCACAAAGACUGCGCUAUUACAAAGGCAAUGAAAAAAGGAAACAGUAUUGUCGUGGGAUCGAGAGUGAAUAUAAUAACAACUAGUCCUGAAAUUAUUUCGCCAAUUAUUGAUACAUCAUUGAAACGAACGUCAACAUCAGUGGACAGUCAAUCGACAGCGAAGAAAUUAUUAUUGACAAAGAAUCCGACAAUUUUACCAAAAAAUGACAUUCAAAUUGAGAGAAAUACAUCGAAGGUGAGAGUCUUCAAACAAUUGCCAGCAUUAAAAAUAUGUGAAGUUCCAUUGUGGAUUGAUAAUAAUGAAAAAGAGAAGCAAUUUUUAAUAACUGAAAAUUCACCGUCAAAAAUAAAUGAAACAACAUCAAGAGGAAUUAUUCAAAUAAAUCCUGUAAUUCACGUGCAGAAUGCAGCUUCUAAAAGUACGGGAACGUAAAUUUUUUUCGCUCAUUUUUUACUUAUCCGUUUGCCUUUUUUAAAAAAAGAAAAGAAAAAGUCCAUUUAUGAGAUUAAUGCUCUCAAAAAAGCUGUUCAAAAAAAUAAUCUGCAAAAUACUCAAAAACCUAUUUAUAACUAUUUACUAAAAUGUACCUUCAGUUUUUUGUUUAAGUUUUCUUCUUUUUGUAACAUUAAGGAUUUUUUUAUUCAUUUAAAAUGUAUAAAUUUUACGAUUUAAAUUUUUUUCAUUUGUACAUAGAUGCAUUCAUUUAUUCGUUAUUAUAAAAUCAUUUAAAGAAGUUAUUUUAUAAAAUUAAGUUAUGUAAUUCUAUUAGGAAAGUUAAAUGAAAGAGUUGUAUUGUAAUAAAAAAAUUGGACUGAAAUUCAUAAAUUAAUUACUAAAGUAAUUAAUAAUUUUUUUAAUAUA